ACCUUGCACACUUGGAAAAAAAUGCGGGUUUUCUCUUGUAGAUAAGGUAGAGAAAUUCUAAGAGAAUAGUUGCAACAUUUGCAUUGUGUAGUAACAAUGGCUUCUUCACUUCAUUGCUCUGUUUCACUUCCUUCUUCACUUCCAAAAUUCUCAAUCUUCAACAAUAAAUUCUUCUCAUUCAACCCACCAAACCCUAAUUCCAUUCAAUCAUCAUCACCAUCCCUCUCUACAAUCAAAUCUUCAUCAUCUUCUUCUUCUUCUUCUUCACCAUCCUCUAUGUCCUCAAUAUCACUUGAUGAUACUGCUAUGAGCAUUGAUAACUUACGAAGUUUCUUCAACCUCAACAUUGGAAAAUGGAACGGUUCUUUCUAUCAAUUUGAUGCUGGUGGGAAUUUGUUGCAACAAGUGAGUACUAAGCUUUCUGUUAGCUCUUAUGGUGAAGAUGAACUUAUGAGUCUCAUUCAAUCGUUGUAUAUUAAACAAGCUUCAUCAAACACUUCGGUUUCGGGAGACGACAAUGAUGUGGAAUGGGCAGAGUACAAAAUUAAGGAAACCAAUAUGUUUACUGUUGACAAAUACCAACAAAUAGGAUUUUUCCCAUCCGAGAAAGCAUUUGCAUUGAGGUACCAAACAGCCGGUAUGUUGGACAAUGUAUUAAGGCAAGGGGUCCUUGGAGAAGAUGACACUGGUGAAGAAUCACCUAGAAAUCUCAAACUUCCCUCUCGCCGACCUUCUAUUGUAUGUGAGAAUUGCCUGUACUCUCUACAGAGAGAUAAGCGAGCAAGAGCCUUUCACAUUUUGGAGCCAAGGGGCACUGUUGAUAUGCUUAUCAUCUUCCUAGAGGAAAGAAGUGAGGGGCCUCAUCCUCUACUUGACAGUUCUAAGGACACGAAGAAUAGGAUUACACCCUUUCUUGGUAAAUGGAAAGGUCAUUCCGUUACAAAACGAAGUGGUGUCUAUGGAGCUACAAUUGCUGAAGCUGAUACAGUUGUGUUGCAUGAGAUGAAUGACAAUGGCCAACUUAUUCAGAAUGUUAGUUCUACAUCUAAUGGAGCAAAUGAUGGAGCAAAUGUUACUACCAAUGUGCAUUGGACCGGCACAAUAUCGGACAAUUUAGUCACAUUUGAUGGUGGUUAUCAGAUGAUACUAUUACCAGGUGGCAUGUACUUGGGAUGUCCUGUUGAUGUUUCAAAAAUUGUAGAACAAUCAAAAUCUUUCCAUUUAGAGUUCUGUUGGUUGGAGACACCUGACAAGAGGCAAAGAUUGGUUCGCACGUACGAUGUCGAAGGCUUAGUUGUCUCAUCUACUUAUUUUUUGGAAACUAAAUUGUGAAUUCUCUAUUAUCUUUUUCACCCUUGUUCAAAUAUAGUUCUUAUUGUGAAGAUGAAUCAUGUAAUACUAAAUACCUUUGCUUAAUUUUCAUCUAUUGAUUAAAUAUGAUCGGUUGA